GAAAACCUGAUGACGUACUUCCGCUAAACUGGACAACUUUCAGAAAAGAUGGAGAACAAAGUUGAGCGUGCGGCUAAUGGCAAAAACGUCUCUCUCCCUAUUUCACGUGUAAAAUUAAUCAUGAAGAGCUCUCCGGAUGUGUCGUGUAUUAAUCAGGACGCCCUUUUCUUAACGACCAAAGCGACGGAGCUUUUUGUCCAGCACUUGGCUUUGACCUCAUACAAUAAUGGCUCAGGAAAACAGAAUGGCACCCUGUCCUACAGCGAUCUGGCUAACACUGCAGAGGAGACAGAAACGUUCCAGUUUCUCACAGAUAUUCUUCCAAAGAAAAUCUUGGCUAGGGAUUAUCUGAAGUCCCUGGAGAAAAUGGAAGCGGAAGAAGAAAACUGAUUUUGUUUUUUUGGGGGGGAAGCCCAUAAGCAGUAUCUGUUACUUCAACAUCAUUCUUAAAAAUUGUUUGAUGAUAACACAAUGUGAACAGGUAGAAAAAAAAAAGAAUAGUUUCCUCACAGCAGAUAGCAGGAGAUGAACUCCAGGGCAUCUCAUCCAAAUGAAUAUGUACAGUUACAAUUCAAGUGGUGACGUACAGUUUUUUUUUUUUGUUGUUUUGUAUUUGGAUAUGUAGUGGCCUGAUCACCACCAAACUACCUGUAGCUCACAGCAAACUGCAAGGCAGAGUGGCCACUUUAAGUGUUUCAUCUGUUUAUUUAUGUUGUAUAGCUGUUGAUUUGCUCCUACAGCUCUUGCAUUUUUGGUCACAAGUGGCUCAGAUUCUGAAAUUACAGCUGCUUUAAAAGCAGUUACUCAGGGUGUACACACUGUUUCAUUAAAUGGGCAUUAAGAUGUCAAUAUUUUUUUUAUUAUACACCUGAAGAUAAAAACUGUCUCGCUCUUAUUGUGCAGACUGUGAAAUAAAUACUUACAACUGAUUUUUUUUUUUUUUGCAUGUAACUGCAAUGAUAUGUUUGUUUGAAAUCUGUGUUAAUCAAAAAGAUGCACGGACAUCCUGCAGGUUUAAUCACAGUGUCCUUUACUGUAGAUCAGAAUUGAGUAUACCACUUUUCUGCUGUUUCAGCUGAUGACAUGCACUGAAUUUCAAAGUUGUGAGUCUUUAUACUUGAAAUUUGUGUAACAGCUUAAGUUUUGUAUAGUGUACUGUAUGAUUUUUGGUGUAUAUUUUUCAGUAAAUAAAUCUUUGCUUUCUUA